AUGCCGGCGGCUUGUGGAAGGCCCCCUUCCAUUGACCGUGAGGGGUUUCUCCAGCUGGACCUGGUGACGGACGACCAUGCUGGUGAAGAAGUGGGGUGGCACGCCCACACAGGCACGCCCACACAGGCACGCCCACACAGGCACGCCCACACAGGCACGCCCUCACAGGCACGCCCACACAGGCACGCCCACACAGGCACGCCCACACAGGCACGCCCACACAGGCACGCCCACACAGGCACGCCCACACAGGCACGCCCCCACACAGGCACGCCCCACACAGGCACGACCACACAGGCACGCCCUCACAGGCACGCCCUCACAGGCACGCCCACACAGGCACGCCCACACAGGCACGCCGACACAAGCACGCCCUCACAGGCACGCCCUCACAGGCACGCCCACACAGGCACGCCCACACAGGCACGCCGACACAAGCACGCCCUCACAGGCACGCCCACACAGGCACGCCCUCACAGGCACGCCCACACAGGCACGCCCACACAGGCACGCCGACACAAGCACGCCCUCACAGGCACGCCCUCACAGGCACGCCCACACAGGCACGCCCACACAGGCACGCCCACACAGGCACGCCGACACAAGCACGCCCUCACAGGCACGCCCUCACAGGCACGCCCACACAGGCACGCCCACACAGGCACGCCCACACAGGCACGCCGACACAAGCACGCCCUCACAGGCACGCCCUCACAGGCACGCCCACACAGGCACGCCCACACAGGCACGCCGACACAAGCACGCCCUCACAGGCACGCCGACACAAGCACGCCCUCACAGGCACGCCCACACAGGCACGCCCUCACAGGCACGCCCACACAGGCACGCCCACACAGGCACGCCCACACAGGCACGCCCACACAGGCACGCCGACACAAGCACGCCCUCACAGGCACGCCCUCACAGGCACGCCCACACAGAACAGAAUAUUCAGAGAGUUCUGAAAUGUCACUUGGUAUGAGAGCAGACAGAUACAAGAUGGCCGACAUCAAAGCCAUCCGAUUUGGGAAGGAUUUUAUCAAUAAACCGUAUAGUAACAGCAAGAAAGCAAAAUUUUCUAUCGUCCUCAAAAUCUAG